CUCGGCUCCACGGCAAGAAGAUCGAGUCAAGAGAGAGGCGGAGAGCGAAGAGGCGAGAUGGAUCCGCAGUUGGUGGAACUUACGCAGCUCUUCGAGCGAUUCAAGGCCGCCUGCGUGAGGAACGAUUUCAGCACCUGCGCCAAUCUACUCUCCCAGCUCAAGGUACGAUUGACGGCAUUUCCUAGUCUGCCACCAUCAUUUCAGGAAACACCGAGUGCUGUUCAGGAGCUGACAAUAGCAAGAGAUAUAUUUGAACAUGCUGUUGUGUUGAGUGUGAAGACUGAAGAUCAAGAUGCCUUUGAAAGGGAUUUCUUUCAACUUAAGCCUUACUAUACUGAUACAAGCGGUAUAAUACCACCAUCACCCCAGGAGUACCCGAUCUUGGGCCUUAACCUACUGAGGCUGCUGGUACAAAAUAGAAUCGCGGAAUUCCACACGGAACUUGAACUUCUUCCGCAAAGUGCUUUGGAAAAUGCUUGCAUCAAGCAUGCCGUGGAGCUGGAACAAUCUUUCAUGGAAGGAGCUUACAACCGUGUCUUGAGUGCAAGGCAGACUGUGCCACAUGAUACUUAUGUUUAUUUCAUGGAUCUUCUUGCAAAGACGGUCAGAGAUGAGAUUGCUGGAUGCAGUGAAAAAGCCUAUGAUUAUUUGUCAAUUAAUGAUGCCAAGAAAAUCUUAAUGUUCUCUUCUGAUCAAGAGCUUUCUGAGUAUAUCACAGAGGAGCAUCCGGAAUGGGAAAUCAAUAAUGGAUGUGUGUUCUUUCAGAAGGCCAAAGAAUCUCAACCUUCCAAGGAGAUACCGGCGCUUCAACUGAUCAACCAGACAUUGAGUUAUGCUAGAGAAUUGGAGCGCAUCGUCUGAAUGUAUCCAUGGUGUAUUUUUCUUGUUAAUGACAACCAUAAGCUUAAGAUCUUUGCUUAUCGUCCGAAUGACAGUUUUUAAAUACCUUUGGUUUGCUUGUUUCUUUUAUUCAUGCAGACACCCUUUAAUUUUCUUAUCGCCUUAAAUGUAUAAGAAAAAGGUGACCAGAUCUCUAUUCCAAACCUCA